CUCAAUAUGGUGAUUACUAUUAUCAUAGCCAUAAUCACCUUUGAAACAGCCACAUAUGGGUUGACCAUACAGCGUCAAAUUGACCACAAUAAAUGGACCACAUUACCCGAUAGGUUGAAGUUACCUCAGUCGCAGUGURAAAAAAUGGAUUCCWAUUGCUCUGCGAUUGGAGCUCGUAAGGCUUCACCAUGUACGUGCGAGUGUGACGACCCAUCUAAGAUACUGAUUUACUUUGAAGGAAUCUGGAAGUGUAUGGAAAAUACUCAAGUAAAACACUUAACAAAAUGCCCAAUGAAUGUUACAAUCUACAGGGAAAAUGCUGUGAAUAUCUUCACUAUUCCACUAAAUCCACAAGUGACCAUAGAAUACAAUGCAUCCCGCUUCCUGGUCCCUCGAUYCUGUUGGUUCUACACAGAAAGUGAAUUCCUGGAAUGUAAUGGCUCUUGGUCGAAAUUUUCUGCAGGAAAUAUGUUCAGCAUCUCGUCAAAUCUAAUGAUCACGCCAUCAUAUCAGAUUUUUAAAGUUAGAGGAAGAGUUAUCAAAGUAAACAUAGAUUGCCGACAGAAUGGUCGAACUACACACUCAUUCUGCAUUCUUUUCAAGGUGGAAGGCCGACAAAACUGUUCAAGCAUGUUAUUACCUUCUAAUAAAGCAGCUCCUCCUUCAAUCCCAGYRAMAACUACRUCAGAAAGUAUACGAAAAAUACUUCCACAAACAGCACCAUUAACUGGUCCAGCAUCAACGACGGUGCAAAAGGAACAAACAUUCGCACCCAAUGUUAAGACUACGAGAGAGCCUGYAUCRAACUCUGACAACUGUGCYUUGAUCGCUGGCGCAGCUACUGGRGCAGCGGUAUUGCUCAUUACAGUAGUAGUUAUAUUCAGUAUUAUGCUAAUAAAAAGACGACGAGAAAG